GAACGAUGCUACCACUUGUAACGUGUCCCAGAAUCACAGCUGACCAUUCCUGUUUUUCCGUCCAGGCAAUUCAAAUUAAACAUUCCGUCCCACGAUAAUUGUUUUCGGUUCCAGUGAUUCCGGUCAUGCCCCACGAUGAGUGUUUUCGGUUCCAGCUUACUUAUCCCUGUGUUAGUCGUGUUCCUGUUUCGAUUUCCUCUGUUCAUGUUUUAUGUUCCCGGUCUUUGGUAAUGUUCAAAAUGUUACAGCCUCUGCCCAGUCCCUGUCGUGUGUUACGGUCCCCGCUGCAGUUCUUGUCUUGUGUUACAACCCCCUUGAUCCUUGUAGUAUGUUACAUUUUUUGUUUUGUUCCUGUCCUGUGUUACAUUCACUGUUCUGGUUCAAUGUUUCAGGUUCCAGUAUCUUUUAAUAUUGGAUAAAUGGGUGAAAUACCCAAGUACCAAAGUCUAGUGGCAUUGCAAUAUGCAAAUGCUUUAGGUGAUCAUUGUAAUUGGCCUGGUAUCUAUUGCAAUGAAGCAGGAAGUAUCAUUCAGAUAAGCUUAGGUCAGUACCUUGGGGGUCGACCUCAUCUUGGAAACCUUGACUUCUCUUCGUUUCCAAACCUUAAGAGUCUUCAUACAGACUACUGUGGGCUUGAAGGAAGCAUCCCAGAGCAGAUUGGUGUGCUGUCAAAUCUCACCCAACUUUCACUUUCGGGGAAUAAACUCACAGGUAAGUUGCCUGUUUCCCUCGCCAAUCUAACCCAUUUAGAAGCACUUUAUCUUUCUAAUAACAAUUUCAGUGGUAACUUACCUGUCUCUUUCACCAAUCUCAUCCGUUUGAAAUCCCUGAUCUCUCUUUCUAUGAACAGUUUCAGUGGUGAGUUCCCUGCUUCACUCACCAAUCUCAUCCGUUUGAAAUCCCUCUCUCUGUCUUAUAACAGUUUCAGUGGCAAAUUACCUGCUGCUUUGCUCACCAAUCUCAUCCAUUUGGAAUCCCUUUCUCUUUCUAGUAACAAUUUCAGUGGUGAUUUACCUGUUUCCCUUACCAAUCUCACCCAUCUAAAAUACCUUGGUCUUUCGAGCAACAAUUUCAGUGGUAACUUACCUGUUUGGCUCACCAAGCUCGCCCAGAUAGAAUACCUUUCUCUUUAUGACAACAAUUUCAGUGGCGAGUUACCUAUUUCCCUCGCCAAUCUCACCCAUUUAAAAUACCUUAAUCUCAAUAGAAACAAUCGUACGGGUCCAAUCCCACCAUCUUAUGGUUCCAUGCUCAAUCUCAGAGAACUAGACUUGAGCACAAAUAAACUGAAUGCAUCCAUCCCAAACGAGUUGAUGUAUUUGGAAAGAAAGGAAAACUUGCACCUAGAUAUUGAUUAUUUAACGGGUUCGAUUCCAGCUAGAUUAAGCAACUGCACCAAUUUGAACUGGAUUUCGCUUUCCAAUAAUAAAUUGGUCGGAGAAAUUCCAGCAGCCCUUGGUGGUUUGUCGAAUCUUGCUAUUCUUAAACUUGGGAACAACUUGUUUUCUGGCCGGAUACCAGGAGAGCUUGGAGAUUGUAAGAGCUUGGUAUGGUUGGAUUUGAACACCAAUCAGUUAAGUGGGAUGAUCCCGCCGGAACUUUUCAAGCAAUCUGGAUUCAUUGCUUCUUGGUAUCUCACUGGGAAACAAUAUGUGUACAUUAAGAACGACGGGAGCAGCCAGUGUCAUGGUUCCGGGAAUAUUCUGGAAUUCGGAGGGAUCCGCCAGGUGGAUUUACAAUGGUUUUCAUCGAGACACCCAUGUAACUUCACCAGAGUGUAUUUAGGGAUCACUCAGCCGAACUUCAAUCACAACGGGUCAAUGAUAUUUCUUGAUCUUUCGUACAACAAACUGGAGGGUGGAAUCCCAAAAGAACUCGGGUCAAUGUACUAUCUCAAUAUACUGAAUUUGGGUCACAACAAUAUCACCGGACCGAUACCCGAAGAGCUAAGCGGGUUAAAAAACGCAGCAAUUAUGGAUUUAUCACAUAACAGGCUAAACGGGUCGAUCCCAAGAUCGUUAUCCGGUCUUAGUCUUGGAGAUGCCGAUCUCUCCAACAAUAAUUUGUCUGGUGUCAUCCCGACAUCUGCUCCUUUUGAUACUUUUCCACCCGACAGGUUUUCAAAUAAUCCCGGGCUGUGUGGGGUUCCUCUUCCUAGCUGCAGGAUGGGUCCUAAUAGUAAAUCAAAUGGUCGACAGGAAGCCUCACAUAUGCUGAACUAUUUAACCAUUUUUCUUCCCAUCAUCGGGGGACUUGGUUUCUUGCUUCUUGGUUACAUGUUCUACAAGAAGCACAAAGCUACCGAAAAGAAAAUCCAACCGGAAACAAAAAGACAUGGAAAUGUGUGCUCGGUAUUGAAUUAUGACGGAAAAAUUGCAUAUGAAGACUUCGUCACCGCUACUGAGGACUUCGACCUUAAAUAUUGCAUUGGAACUGGUGGCUACGGUAGUGUUUAUGAAGCAAAACUGCCUGACGGUAAAAUAUUUGCUUUAAAAAAGCUCCAUAGUUUUGAAGCCCAGCAACCAGCAUUCAACCAGACUUUCGAGAAUGAAAUCAAAGUGUUAACCAACCUAAGGCACAAAAACAUUAUCAGACUUUAUGGUUUUUGUUUGCAUAACAAAUGCAACUUCCUUGUGUAUGAAUUCAUGGAGAAGGGGAGCCUAUUUUGUGCCUUGAGUAACAGUGAAUUAGCUGUUCAAGUCGACUGGCUCAAGAGGCUUCACAUUAUCAAAGGUGUAGCCCAUGGUUUGGCAUACAUGCAUCAUGAUUGCAACCCUCCUAUUGUUCAUAGAGACAUAUCAACCAACAACAUUCUCUUGAACUCAGAACUGGAAGGAUUUGUUGCUGACUUUGGAAUAGCCAGAUUGCUGGACCCCGAUUCCUCCAACCAAACGGCCGUUGCAGGAACAUUGGGAUACAUUGCUCCAGAACUUGCCUACAACAUGAUUGUGACUGAAAAAUGUGACGUGUAUAGCUUUGGGGUUGUGGCGCUUGAGACAAUUGGAGGGAAGCAUCCUGGAGACCUCCUUUCAUCCUUGAACUAUUCAACUAGUCAUGGUGCAAUGUUGGAAAAUAUAUUGGAUAAGAGACUCCCUUAUCCAACCAAUAAGUCGAUUCUAAAGGAAAUCAUGCGUGUAUAUAAUGUAGCAUAUAAUGUAGCACUAGCAUGCAUUCUCACAGAUCCAAAGGGUCGACCAACAAUGAGAAACGUGUCUCAGGAAUUAUCAUGUUGAGCACAUCAUUUAGGCUAUCUCCAAGCUUUGUCA